UUGUUGACAGAUCAGUUGCUCCUACAGUGUGGUAUCUUGUAAUUUCUUACCUGAAGUAAUCAGCACCAAUUAGGAAAUGGCCAAAGUCGAAAGGUUUGCUUUUCAUGUUCCAAGUCUGGAGGAGCUUGCUGGGGUUCUGCAGAAAGGGCUUAAAGAAAACUUUGCUGAUGCUCAAGUCUCUGUUGUAGACUGUCCUGAUCUGACUCAGGAGCCCUUCAACUUUCCUGCUAAAGGAAUCUGUGGAAAGCCCAGAAUAGCAGAUGUGGGAGGUGUUCCCUACCUCAUACCUGUUGCACAGAAAGAAAAAGUUUAUGAUCUAAACACAGUUGCAAAAGACAUAGAGCUGCCUGGAGCCUUCAUUCUUGGAGCUGGAGCUGCUUCAUCUAGGAUUCUUGGAAUAAAUGCUGAGCUUAUCCCUAUUGUUCAAACAAAGAAUGAAAAAAAGCCUGCUGUAAAUGGGAGCUACGUUGCUCAGAUAAAUCCUGCAGAUAAAGGGUGCCUGCUUGAGAAAUACAGCAGUAAAUACACUGACUGUGAGUUUGGGCUGUUGGCCAACCUUUAUGCCAGUGAGGGCAAACCUGGCAAGGUCAUUGAAGUGAAAGCCAAUGGAAGAACUGGGGAACUUAACUUUGUGUCUUGUCUGAGACAAAUUUUAGAGAAACACUAUGGAGAAAAGCCAGUUGGGAUGGGUGGUACUUUUAUCAUUCAGAAGGGGAAGGCAAAGAUUCAUAUUAUGCCUCCAGAAUUUUCUGCUUGCCCUCUGAACACAGAUGAGGAUGUGAAUAACUGGCUGAAAUUCUUUGAAAUGAAGGCUCCACUGAUUUGCCAGCCUGUAAUAGUUUCCAGAGAUCCAGGCUUCGACCUGCGCCUGGAGCACACGCACUGCUUCAGCCAGCACGGGGAAGGAGGGCACUACCACCAGGACACCAGCCCGGACAGCGCGCAGUACCUGGGCUACCUGCUGCCCGCCGAGCUGCUCUUCCGCAUCGACCGGCCCCCCGAGACGCACCUGGUCGGCAGGGACUGA